AUGGAGAACCAGCAACAACUUCCGACCGAGUUGUAUUGGGGUACUCCUCACGACGUUUGCCAGAUAGAAGGAUUCUGGUACAUGGCCGGUUUUAUGGAAGCCACGACCGCCUUCAGGUCAGAAUUCGAGCCGAUGAAGGACGACAUUCUCUUGACAUCUUUCACGAAAACAGGAACAACCUGGCUCAAGGCUCUCUGCUACAACAUCCUCGACGAGGAAGAGAAUGACGUUCUGGCGAAGGAGAACCCCCACGAUGUGGUCCCCACGCUCGACAGCACUUUCCUCCAAGACCAAGUGCAGCAUCUGCUGGUGAAUUCCCCUCCGGGGCGCAGCAGAUUGCUCCACACCCAUCUCCCCUGCAGUUACCUGCCGGAGAAGGUGAGGAGCUCGGGAUGCAAGCUCGUGUACGUGGCGCGAAACCCCAAGGACACGCUGGUGUCGCUGUGGCAUUUCCUCAACAAGAACCUGAAAGCCGACCCGUUCCCGCUGGAGAGAGCGGUGGAGACCUUCUGCAGGGGGGUUAUGCCUUUCGGGCCCUUUUACGAGCACGUGGUGGGAUACUGGGAAGAGAGCAAGAAGCGGCCGGAUGAGGUGUUGUUUCUCAAGUACGAGGACCUGUGCAGAAACCCGAGAGAGCAAGUGAGGAAUCUGGCCUCGUUUCUCGGUCGGGAAGCGAAUAUAGAUGUGGAGAAGGUACUGUGGCGGAGCAGUCUGAACAGACUUAAGGAGUUGAAGGUCAACAAGGAUGACGAUAUUAAGGAAGGACAACAUGUUCACCACUCCGCCUUUUUCAGGACGGGAACGGUUGGGGAUUGGAAGAACUACUUGACUCCCGACAUGGUUCAACGUAUUGAUCAGCUCACACAAUGCUUGUAA